AGAUAACUAAUAGUCAAGUGAUUGACACGCCUAAAACAUCAAGCACGAAUACAUUCUACCAUAAAUAAUCAUACGGCACUGCAAAGCAGGCAGGGCGAACGCCGGAAGAGGAAACGUUCGGUCGCCAUUUUAGUUUAUCGCUGCUGAUUCGUCAGUCUUGUGAAUGGACUUGUCAUAAUUGUCUUGUGUUAUUUUGAGGAACGUUUUGGGCAAGAAAUUGUGUGUCAAAUUAUAAGUGCGUCUCGUUUAUUAACGCCUGGGAAACACGACAGUUAUAACGGGAUACGAUAGGCUCAACCUAAAUUCACACCUUAGAGAAUGCCAGGAGCGUAUAGUGCAAAUGAGUGUAAAGGCGGUGGGGAAGAAACGUCACGUUUAGAAAUUGACGAUGACGAUAGCAGAUACACGUUAAUCUUGAGAAUCUAGGCAGGGAUUCUUCCUUUGGUAUAAUUCCUUGAGCCAACCAUUAGAUCUAGAGAUUUCUUGAGCAUCUAGACGUGGACAGACGCAGUUCCAUUGCCGUUCCUUUUUUCUUUCUCGGGGAAAAUCUCUGAUUACAACAUAAAGCAUAAAACGUCCAAUAUGCGAAAACAAGGGCAAGACGUGAUGCAGGUGAACCUGGCGGGAAUCAGGCGGGACAUCAUGAAUCUCGCUCACAACUACAGUAGCGCCCAGAAAGCUGUGAGGAAGGCCACAAGCAAUGAUCCAUGGGGACCCAGCAGUACUCUCAUGGCAGAAAUUGCUGACCUAACCUACAACGUGGUGGCUUUUACGGAGAUCAUGCAGAUGCUGUGGAAGAGGCUGAACGAUCAUGGGAAGAAUUGGCGACAUGUAUACAAAGCUCUGGUUCUGUUGGAGUAUCUUAUCAAGACUGGGACUGAGAGAGUUGCACAGCAGUGCAAGGAGAAUAUUUUUGCGAUUCAGACACUAAAAGAUUUUCAGUACAUGGAAGGACCCAAGGACCAGGGUAUUAAUGUACGGGAGAAAGCAAAGCAACUGGUGGCCUUACUGAAAGACGAUGAAAGAUUGAGAAACGAGCGCGCAAGGGCACUCAAAGCUAAAGAGAGAUUUGCUCAAUCGGUUAGCGGUUUUGGUCGAGAUGGUACAGACACAGUGUCGUCUAUGAGCAGUGAUAUCCUAGACUGGGAACCUUGUCAUCAAGCUGAAUCAGCGUCAAGACCCGAACUUGAAGCUGCGAGGCCACAGACUGUCGGCGAGGAAGAGUUGCAGCUGCAGCUUGCACUGGCAAUGUCGAGAGAAGAAGCAGAGCAGGAAGAACAAAGGAGGCGCAGUGAUGACGUCAGAUUGCAACUUGCUCUCAGUCAGAGCCAACAGGAUUUCAAACAACCACUGACGGAAAAGCAGAGUCAUAUGAUGGAUUUACUGGAUGUAAACUUAGGUGAGGCAAGUGGAUCAUCAGGGGCCCAGGUUGAUCCUUGGGGAGUUCCUGUAGUGGCACCUCCUCCAAGACCACAAUCACUGGAUUUGUCUCACUUUAUUAAUCCGAAGCCACACAGCGAUCCGUGGGGCGUCCCGACGACAAGCACAUCGCCACCAAUAGAUCCCUGGACUCCUGCCCCACCACAAAGGCCCAGAUCCACAGCAGCUGCAGUAGAUCCAUGGCGAGCUCCAGCGCCAUCGCCCGCUACAGUGGCUUCUCCUCGCAACGCUGAUCCUUGGUCACCGUCGCCAUCUUCCGGUGCCGAAGGUUCCGCCCUGACGUCUCCUUCUCCACCGUUCAGUAAUUCUACCCUCACGCAUAAUAUUGGCUUUGCCGCUCAAUCACCUCAAAAUAUUGGAUUUAAUUUACCGGCUACGACAAGCUCAGCGAGCUUUAGUACUGCCAGUAAUGGGUUUAACGGCGCUGGAAUUGGUUUCAAUAAUUUCCCUGCCCAGAAUCAGGGCAACGCAGUAGCCAGUCCACUUGGCGAAUUGGAUGAAUUUGAUGUCAUCAGUAACAGAAAUAAACUCUCAGCCAGUCCGCAGCCCAAUAACAAUGGUGGAACAACGUCUCCGGAUCCUUUUGAUUUUACGGGACUGGGAGACAAUCUUCCAGCAAGUACGGGAGCCGUUAAGAAGACACCACAGUCCUUCCUUGGUGAAAAUUCGGCUUUAGUCAAUUUGGACAACCUUGUUAGCGCCAGUGCCGUUAAACACGGUCCACCACCGCCUGCAGCUGCCGUAGCGUACUCGGCGAAUCCAUUUGCAACAGCGACACCACCACCUCGCCCUACGAUCAAUCAGAUCCGGCAAGAUCCAUGGACCGGAAAUGCGAGCACCAGCACCACAGCCAAUCCGUUCCUGUCGUAGCCGAGUGUCAUUGAUAACGUGAUACUGCGCGUCGCCAUCACUACGCUCGAAGAAUACGUAUUCAAGAGUUUUACAAGUAAUCCAGCGCGGAAUAAGUUUUCAUCAGAGGUACUAGACUUGUUGAUCUAGAGUUUUAACGCUAGGUGAGCAGAGAGGGAAGCGACAAUGGGGAAAAUGAGAAGAUGAACAGUAACUGUGUAUUUGAAGUGGAAAAAGAGAAAGAACGUGGAGGAUUUUUUUACAUAAACUUUAAUAAUCUCUCAUGCCUCUGUCGAGUCUUCAAGUGUCUUACUUCCAUCUUGAGUUAUUUUCUAAGCGUCAGGACACUUUAUAAGGCUACAGGAUCCUUAAGGUCGUUUCCUUGCCCUCUUCUCAUCGCCACGAAGCCACGCAUGUCCCUUGGAUCAAUGAAAGAUUCCUUGUAAUUAAUCGACGCCUCGAUGAUUAUUAUAUGUCAUUUAUUUUUAAGUGACGAAUCACGUUUCAAUGAUGCAUAAGCACGAGCUCCCAAGGUACCUAGAUUUUAUACAUGCUCUUUUCAUAUCUAUAUGUAGAUUGUAUCUGAUGAACUUCGGAACAAGCGCGUGUCCUAGAAAAUAAGGCAUAUUCGCCGGCGUCUUUGUCGUACGGAUUUUCAGGGAUAAUGUAGAGGCGACCUAUGUAACGUUCAUUCGUUCGUUUCGUAUUUAUAUACUUUUUCUAUGAUAACGUAGAGACUACGCGAGAUAUUAGAGAACCAGGAGAAUACCGAUAACGAUAAUGCGACUUUAAAUCAAAUUUAUGUCAGCGUACUUCUUCCGCUUUCAGUAGCGCGAUAAGUAGGGACAUACAUGGAAUUUCCAUUUGUCGUUGGGAUGCGAGCAGUAAGAGAAGCCUGAGGGAUGAAUGUAUUAAGAAAUAAAAGAAAAGAAAGACUAUGAAUAUAACACAAGGCAGCUGGAUAAAUUGUUUGUCAAUAAUGUAUGCACUCCAAAUAUCGGAUUGCUCUUUAUUUUUAUCUUGAUUAACGAAAUGAAUCGAAAUUGUUCCAGCGUCUUGUAUUAAAAAAAGAGCAGUGCGAUGGGAUAUUUUGAAGAAUAUAUUUUAUUACGUAACUAAAAUGAAACCAACAAGUAAUUGGCACGAUUAUUAAUUCUCCAUGGCCGGUCACUGAUACUUUACUCUUAAGACGCUACCAUCAUACAUAUAAUUAAUUGAUUAAUUAAUUAUAAUUGAUUUGUCAACGGUGCAGCUUUAUCGUGUCGCGUCAUUUUGUAAAAUACGAAUGAAAAGAAGAAGAGGAGAUAAUUGUACAUACAAUAUAUAUAUAUGAUACAAUAUAUAUAUUAUAAAAUUCAAUAUCUUUAAAGUCGGAUCUUCUCGUUCUCUUUCUCUCUGUCUUUUGGCUCACGACGUUGUCAUUGUCUUACGAUUAUCAUUUGUUUUGUAAUUAAAGGAUAAACCGACUGUCACUGUACGACAAACUCGUAUUCUCGCCGUAGUAGCGAAGGUCAUGGAUUACGAAAUUUAUUUAAGAAAUUUGUUAUUGGUAUCAUCAUUAGUUGUCACGUGCGUUGACAUACUGAAAUAAUAUCUUAAAAAGAGAUAUUGGUGAGCGGGAGACGCGCUAUUGUUUUAUUUAUAUUUGGGGAUUAUUGGAGCAUGGGUGCAAUUUAACUUUGUGAAACCCAAUGAAUAGUAAAAGAAAAAGUGCGGAAACUUUAAGAAAUCAUCUAUAAAAGAAUGCGGAUUUUAUCAAGCUGUAACGAUUAAUCGAUCGUAAUAUAACAGUUGGCUCUUUUGAAUGUAAGUCCAAUCCUAUUAAAAUUGUACAUUUUAUUUUUUAUAUUGCGUCCGGUUGCUUCGCGCUACGACCACACCGGCAAACGUUGCGGUAUUAACGAACGACCGUGUGUUUUUCAAGGAAUAGCCGAACUUUCUACAAGGUUUCGGUAUUGUAAAAAUUAUGCUUAAGAGAUCAGCACCCUCCUAUGCAUUUGUUGCAUUUAAUUUAGAUUCUCGGGAAGUAGUAUUAUUUAUUGGUUUGCAUGCUAAUAAUUAUGGCCCAGCGUCCGUUGACUCAGUUGCUUUCCAACGUUUUAAUCGUUACACACCCUGGGUAUAUAAGUCUGUUCCAUGCUGGUAGUAGACUAAUGGACACAUUUUACCUACAGGUCUGUAAGGGUUAAGUGAUAUUCUUUUUUCCCUUUUUAUUUUUUAUAUAGUUACCAUCUUUAAAAUUUGGUGGAUUUAUGCCUGUCCAUUCCUAAGACAAGAUACGCUUCUGAAUAUCCAUUUUAUUUUCAUUCGCUAUUCAUUUCGUCCAGUCCCUUAACUUUCUUUAUCCUCGUCGAAACCUUCAUCUGUUUUUUAUCGUUAUUAUGGAUUUUGUAAAAACUUCAUUAUUCGUCUUCUUGCUGCCAUACACUCUGGCCAUUUGGUGGUCACAGUGUGUGGUUUUUAGUAAUAAAAUGCAAUGUUUCACUUCUUGCCCGAGCAGCCGGACGCCGUCUUGUUUUUAGCCUUUAUUUAGUACCGACUUUAUGCGCAACGUUAUAUAAGUUUAAAACGACGAGAAAUCAAGCAACACUAAUUGAUUAUUAUAUAUAUAUAUAUGAGUAUAUAUAUAUUUUUUAGCAGACUAUAGUAUUCACCUAUCAUAUGAAUUAUUAUUAUUAUUAUUAUUAUUAUGCAAAUAAAUGUAAAAAUUUUUAAGUUCUCUCA